AUGCUUGUCAGAAGACAUGUGCCGCUCCUCGAGUCGACCGUGAGCGUCCGCGCCCUGCGCCCGCUGGUGGCCUCGCAAUGCACCCGCCUGCCGCGCCUGCGCUACUCGUCCACUGCGGCGGCGGCGCACCCUGAGCGCAUUGCGGUGCUCGGCGGGGGCAUCGCCGGCCUCGCGAGCGCCUUCUUCGCCAGCCGCGAGUUUCCGGACAGCAAGAUCACAGUGUAUGAGAGCGGAAAGGAUAUCGGCGGCUGGCUGAGCAGCAGGCGCGUGCAGGUGCCUGGCGGCGACGUGCUCUUCGAGGCGGGGCCCCGAACGCUCCGCAACGCACCGCCGACUGUGCACCUGAUCCAAGAGCUGGGCAUCACCGACGACCUCAUCUUCACCAAGCGCUCGGAGCCUGGCGCCAAGAACCGCUUCAUCUACUACCCUGACCGCCUCAACCGCCUGCCCUCUGCGUCGCCUAGCUUUGGCGACGUCUACUCGCUAUGGCGGACGGGCAUCCUCGAGGGCUUCACGGGCGUGAUCAAGGAGCCUUUGCAGCCAACGAGGUCCGCCGUCCUCAGCGACGAGACAGUCGGCUCCUUCCUAGCUCGCCGCAUCGACAAGCGCAUCGCCAACAACAUCAUCUCGGCUGUCUUCCACGGCAUCUACGCCGGAGAUAUCUGGCAGCUGAGUGCGAAGUCGCUGCUGUCCCAGGCCUGGCAGCUCGAAGACCGAUACGGCUCUGCCUUUGGAGGCUAUAUGAAGCUGCAGAAGGAAAGCACCAACGGGCAGCCACAGGCUCUGGCCCACCCCUUCGACAUUGAGUAUUCCCGUGCUGUGAACGAGGAGAUCGACCUCGGCCUCGAGCUCGCUCAGAACAUGAAGGACGCCAGCAUGUUCACCUGGAAAGACGGCCUGCAGACGCUCGUCACAGGCCUCAAGGACGCCAUGGAGAAGACGGGCAACAUCGAGAUCAAGCUCAACAGCCCCGUCUCCUCGGUCGAAAUGGCAGAGGGCGGAGAACAGAAAGUCCAAGUCAGCGCCGGCUCCGACGCCAAUCAAACCACCGCAACCUACGACUCCGUCCUCUCCACCCUCCGCGACCGCGACCUAACCCCUUUCGUAAACGUCAUGACAGUGAACCUCUUCUUCUCCAACCCUUCCCUCCUCCCUGUUGAAGGCUUCGGCUACCUGCUCCCGCAAAGCAUCCCAUUCGAGCAGAACCCCGAGCGGGCGCUAGGCGUCAUAUUCGACAACAGCGCCGUGCGCGGUCAGGACAGCGUGCCCGGCACCAAACUCACCGUCAUGCUGGGCGGCCACUGGUGGAACGACUUCGAGGGCUUUCCGGACGAGGAGGAAGGCCUCGCCAUGGCCCGCGCCGUACUUGAGCGCCAUCUCGGCAUCACCGACGAACCCGUUGCGCAUCAGGUUAAUCUCAGUAAGGAUUGCAUCCCGCAGUACACGAUCGGGUACGAAGAGCGUCUGCGUUCGUGCGCGGCGGGUUUGCAGGAUAAAUUCAAGGGCAGGCUGCGCGUCGUCGGCGCGCAGGUCAGCGGGGUCGGCGUCAAUGACUGUAUUGCCGGCGCAUGGAAUGUCGUGCGUGGACUGAGGGGGGAUGGGUGGAGGGGUAGCAGUUGCGGGCUCGACCGCGUGCAAGACUCGCGUCCGUGGCAGGUCGUGGACGCGAGCAGUUUGGCGUACAAGAGAAAGGUCCAGAUUAAGCGCGAGAGCGACCCGUGA